AUGAUACUCGCCCCCCCUGGACAUAGCUCGCACAAAGCUCAUACUGACACCUUCGACGCAUCCACCCAGAUCGAUAAUUGCGACCUUGAAGACACUACCCAAAUGGACGUUGCCUUUCUCAAUCGCUCCAGCGGCGAUACUAAAUUCUACGAUACCCACACUAAUCUCAGCUUCGACACCUUUGUUUCUGCGCUCUAA